AUGGAGGAGGCACUCAUACUGAAGCGAGCUACUCGUCGCCACACGUUGGCUAGGAUUGAGAACCUAAUCAAGCAAACCCCGAGUUACCACGUCGAAUCUUCUGACCUGAAGGCGGCUGGUAUCCGCCACCUCCCCUUACUCCUUGAAGGGGACCCCCGGCAUCAUCCAUGCUUCUUCAAGCCAUACCAAGAAGAACUGCCUCUCCCACCGAAGGAGGAGGAGGACAAGCUGCUGGAAUUUGAGCCUGACCCGGAUCACAUCAUGUGGGAUACUCGUGAUAUGCAGCUCUUUCUCACUCGCCAGUUUCAUGACUGCUGGGCACAUGCAUCGAAGAAGUACCCCCAUAACCCUCCGCCAUCUGGCGCAUAUCGAGAAAUUGGAGAUUACAGAUUCGGCCAACUGCUGGAGUGUAUCAAGUUCAACUGGUAUGCCGUGUCAGUAACCGAUUAUCCAGCAGGGAACCGUCCACACUUCAAGGUCAUCCUGGAAAGUGAUGUGAACGGGGAUGAUCGACUGCUUCGCGGAGAAAUUAUGACUAUCACUGAUAUUAUGGCUGCUCGUCUGAGGACCAAGUCGCUGCGCCCGCAUAUUGUUGCCCCAAUUCUUGUCCUGUCUCUCAUGGGUCCUCGUCAUGCCCGUGUACUAGAGGCUGACCUUGAUGGAGAGAUUCUCAAUAUACGCGCUUCUAGGUUGUACGAUUUCACGCGGAAGAACACUCAUGUUGUGCAAUUGCUGACGCGGUAUUGGAUCGGUGACGCGUGCGGCCAGACUGUAAUGGAAACCUCCAAAGCUGCUAGUUCGGCGAAGGAUUUUGUUUAG